GAAAGAAUUAUAGUUGAAAAAAUUAACUAUGGUUAAGUGGUGGGGCCCAUUAAUUAUUUUAGGUUCUGAUUUAAUUAUUUACAAAAGAGAACUUAUUUUUUAUAAAAUUGUGUUAGGUGUUUUUAGUUUUUUACUCCAAAAAAAAUUACUCAAAAGGUGUCUUUUCAACUCCACUCUUCAUCAUCAACCUCGACUACCCUGUUUGUUCUCCCUUUCAAAAAAAAAAAAAAAAAUGAAGCUUUGAAGGCGAUUUUGGUGUAGAUUAUUAACGGUUUUUCAAGCAUCUUAGCACAAUUAUACCAAUCGCAAGCCCUUCAUCAACUAACCAACUCCAUUAGCAAAGAAGAGGAGCUUCAAAAUUUGCAGCAAGAUAAACGAGCAGAAAAUGGCGGGAAUUUCAACACUUCACCUAAACCCUAACCCUAGCCUGAAAUUCAAUCACCAAAUUCACACUUCAUUGAAUCAGAAAAACCAGCUAUUCUCAAUUUUGCCGUCGCCCAGAAAAAUCAAACGCAGAAAUGGGGGUAAUUUAGGGAUUUGCGCAGUGUGCGCAACCCAUAGUUUCGACGUAGUGGUGGUUGGAGCUGGAAUAAUUGGGCUGAGCAUUGCCAGAGAUCUCCUUCUUCGCUCUAAUCUCUCUGUCGCCGUCGUUGACGCCGCCGUUCCCUGCUCCGGUGCUACCGGUGCCGGUCAGGGCUACUUAUGGAUGGUGCACAAAACUCCUGGUACUGAAGUAUGGGAUCUUGCUAUGAGAAGCCGAAAAUUGUGGGAGUUGUUGGCAGAUAAUGUUCAAGAUCAAGGCUUUGAUCCCUUGGAAACAUUGGGCUGGAAAAAAACAGGAAGCUUGUUAAUUGGUAGAGCAGAAGCAGAGUUAAAUCAAUUGAAGAGGCGUGUACAAGAGCUAUCUAAGGCUGGGGUAAGGGCAGAGUACUUGUCGCACGAUGAUCUAGCUAAUAAGGAACCCGAACUCGGAAUUAACCAGCAAAGUGGUGCUGCCUUUCUGCCUGAUGAUUGCCAAUUGGAUGCUUAUCGUACAAUGGCAUUUAUAGAAAAGGGUAACAGGCUCUUUAAGACCCUAGGCAGAUAUGCAGAGUUCUAUCGUGAUCCAGCUGUACAUUUCAUAAGAUCAAAUGGAAAAGGAAAAAUUGACGGUAUCAAAACUCAAAAGAACACAUUAUAUGGCCGAAAAGCAACUAUAAUAGCAGCUGGUUGUUGGACUGGAUCUUUGAUGGACAAGCUGCUUCAGGAUUCACACAUCGUAUUACAUGUUCCCAUUAAGCCUCGGAAGGGUUUUCUUUUGAACCUAGAGAACUUUGAUAACCUUGAUAUUAGGCAUGGUCUAAUGGAAGCUGGUUAUGUUGAUCAUCAAAAAUCCGUCAUAUCUGAAUCAGAGGGGGUUGAUCUUGAUCGUAACGAAGCCUUGUCUGUUUCAAUGACUGUAACAAGAGAUGCAUGUGGGAAUCUUCUUAUUGGAAGCAGCCGACAAUUUGCUGGAUUUAACACUGAAUUGGAUACAUUCAUUGUUGAUCGCAUAUGGGAACGUGCUCAACAAUUUUUUCCCGCUUUGAAAGAAUUCUCAGUCAAAAACUUGAGUGAACAAAUGAAUGUCAGAAUUGGAUUACGCCCUUACAUGCCUGAUGGCAAGCCGGUUAUUGGCCCGGCACCUGGUAUUCCCAAUCUUUUCCUUGCAAGUGGACAUGAAGGAGGAGGACUUAGCAUGGCUUUAGGAACAGCUGAAAUGGUCACCGACAUGGUGUUGGAUAAUCCAUUGCAACUUGAUUGUAAGCCUUUUUCUGUUGAAGGUCGAUGCUGCUGAUCAACUAGUAGUUAAGUUCCAUUCAACGCUGCAUGUCUGCCUGGUAUAGUGGUAUUUAUUGUGUAUUGAAGGUUUCUAUUAGGAGGGCUCUCAUAAAAUGCUACCUUGUUAUCUCAAGUUAUGGGGUUUGUAAGAUACUUCGUAUAUAUGUAUAUAUAGCUUUUAUUUUGGGUUACAUAUUU